AUGAUUGGGGCGUAUAAUAGGAUGUUAUUGCAGUAUCCUCUGGUGACUAAGAUGGUGACUAGUGGAGCUCUUUUUGGUAUUGGAGACACUUUGUGACAAUAUAUUGAGCAAUUUAGAUCAGAAGGAUUCUCAAUAAAUUUCAAAAGACUAUCAAGAUUCUCCUUCUUUGGAUGUUUUAUGGCAGCUCCUAUUUUGAGUUUCCACUAUGGGACAGUUCUCCAAUGGGUGUCGACAAAGACAACUCCUUUGGCGACUUUAGCAAAAGUAGCAGUAGAUCAGACUUACUUCUCAACCUUUUUCCUUACAUAUAUCUUCACAGUUAUGCCCUUAAUGGAAGGAAAAACAUUUGAAGAUAGUAAACAAGCAGUUAAGGAGAAACUUUGGCCUUCUUUAUUGACCAACUGGAAGAUCUGGCCAGCAGUUCAAUUCCUUAACUUUUAUUUCAUCCCUGUCAGAUUCCACUUGUUGGUAGUCAACUCAGUAGCAGUCUUUUGGAAUGCCUAUAUUUCAUGGAUGAUCAACCAUUCUGUGAAGCAUCCUGAAGAGAAGGAUGACCUUGAGAAAUAAUUUGAUUCCUGGUUUCAAUAUUUUGUAAUG